GAGACAGCGGGAGCGCGCUGCGACGGAGUUCCUACAGGGCCUGCCAGAGAGGAGGGAGGACAACGAAAAGCAAGACAAACAGGAAUCGUCGUCGCCUUGGUCUGAAUGCAUUCACACCGGAGCUCAUCGGUAUAGAGCCCGUCUCCUUCAGCAUCCCUUCUCUUCCCGAUCCGCCAGGAGUUAACCUAUAAGAGAGACUCCAUGAAAGAUGUCGGAGGAGACGGUUGUUAUUGCCAAGUGGGACUACACGGCGCAACAGGACCAGGAACUUGACAUUAGGAAAAACGAGCGUCUGUGGCUCCUGGACGACUCCAAAACAUGGUGGCGGGUACGAAAUGCAUCCAACAGGAUGGGCUACGUUCCUUCCAAUUACGUCGAGCGCAAGAACAGUCUGAAGAAAGGCUCCCUGGUGAAAAAUCUCAAAGAUACACUUGGCCUAGGAAAAACAAAACGCAAGACGAGCACCCGGGAAGCAUCUCCCACGCCCAGCACAGACGAGUACUCAUCUAACGGUGGAGGUACCGAAAGAAUUUACGACUUGAAUACACCCGCAGUGGUGAAGUUUGCCUACAACGCAGAGCGGGACGAUGAACUCAGUCUGGUGAAGGGCGCACGGCUGAUAGUGAUCGAGAAGUGCAGCGACGGCUGGUGGAAGGGCAGCUAUAACGGCAAUGUGGGCUGGUUCCCUUCCAACUACGUGCAGGAGGAUGAGGUCGAGGAGACUUCUGCAGACUUCCCUGCAGUCUUCUCUUCUCUCUCACUGCCGGACCUCAAUAACGGUCAGGGCCCAAGUGUGAUUCAUACGGUUCAGACACUCUAUCCUUUCAGCUCCGUUUCAGAGGAGGAGCUAAACUUUGAGAAAGGAGAGACGAUGGAGGUGCUCGAGAAGCCGGAGAAUGACCCAGAAUGGUGGAGAUGUAAGAACUGUCGUGGGCGGGUUGGCCUGGUUCCAAAAAACUAUGUGGUUGUACUUAACGAUGGGCCUUUAUCGAUGGCCGCAGGCUCCUACUCCCAGCAGAACAGCCACACGGGGCCUUCUCACACAGGAAAGUUUGCGGGAAAGGACUGGUACUAUGGCAACGUUACACGGCACCAAGGGGAGCGUGCGCUGAACGAGAGGGGUGUGGAGGGAGACUUUCUCGUGCGAGACAGCGAAUCUUCUCCGAGUGAUUUCUCUGUGUCUCUUAAGGCAGUCGGGAAGAACAAGCACUUCAAGGUGCAGUCGUCGAAUGGAGUUUACUGUAUCGGUCAACGCCGCUUUAAUGCUAUGGAUGAACUGUUAGAGCACUACAAGAAAGCUCCCAUCUUCACCAGCGAACAUGGAGAGAAGCUUUACCUUAUCAAACCCCUCCAGUGACUUUCUACACAGAAAUGAGCCUUAGGACCAGACCUGACUGGAACAGAGCUGAUUUGACCUCACACCGACCAAAGUGAUGUCUGCAACAUCUUGAUGGUUCUGCAUUUCGCACCAGCAACCAGAAGACUUUGAGAAGUGACUUACCAAGCCAAACAUUGUAGGUCAUUUAUGGAUAAACAUUCCUGUGCUGUGUUAGGAGUAAUAGUGUAAUGUGUUUUUUUGCUGGGGUCGAUAAACAUUCACGAAAAAUGAAUAUCGCCUUUUCCAUGUGAUCAUUCUCUCACUCAUUGCCUUGAAAAUGCAAGACAGCCUUCAUAAAUAUUUGUCAUACAAAGAUCUUUAUCCGAAACAUCUUUGUUGAUCUUAGACUUGAUAUCAAGAUGAUAGUUCAGACGAUUUCAGUACCACAAUCCUCAAGUCCUCACAGAGCAAGUGCUGGCUCAUACCAAGAAUAUAGACACUGAGAAGUUGCAGGAAACUGUAUGUACAUAGUAUCUGCUAAAGAGAGAGUUGGUGACCGGCAGACUGCAACUUGUCGCACCCUGGUGGUUGAAAUUGGAGGUCUGUCUUUUAUAAGAAUGUUUUGUAAAUGCUUAACCAAAUGUGCCACCCUCACGUUCAAAGGACUGCUCAUCUAUUAUAUAAAAAUAACUAUAUUCACCUCAUUUCAGAUUCACUUCUAUAUGUAUCAACAGACCUCCAUAGACCUCACACACUGUUGCAGUUUCAGUUGCGUAAUGGUUUUGCCCAUUUACAAAGGAAUUCAUUGAUCACCUACAGCUUUUAUUUAAGUACGAAAUGUCUGAAUGUGACUGAGCAUUGUUAUUUAAAACCAUGUUUUAUUUAAAUGGAAUGAGAAAAGAUGUUGAAAUGUGAAAAGAAGUUGAAAUGUAAUGAGUUCCACAUCCAUAGUAGGUGUGCAAAACGUUUAUAUACUUUUGUUUAAUUAAACAUUUUGCAUAAGCGA